CUUUUCCAGACCAAGUUUUUCAAGAUUUUAUACGUAUCUAUGUUUCUAUUAAAUAAGACUAUUUAUAUUUGUCGAUAUAAUGAUGCAAUUGAUAUCAAAUCAUAUUUUAUGAUCAAUCUACAUAUUACUUUCAUUUAAGUUUAUACUUAUGGUUAUCAAAACUGUGUCAAUCACAGCGGUUUUUAGUGCUGCAGAGUAAUAAUUUUUUUCAAUUUUUAACUCAUUUAAACUAUUUGCGGCAUAUUUGUCGGAUCUAUAGCUCGAAUAAAUUGGAGAUUGUAAAAAUUAUUAUUUAGCACUAAAAACUGCUGACUAACAUAAGCUGAUAACCUUAUGUUUGACAUUUUCGUCAGUCCGGAUUUUACUUAUUACUUUAAUUUAAAAUAAUGCGUGUCUUGCGACGUAAAUGCUCACGUUUAAACUUUCCCGCUCAAGUACCUACGUAUCAGAUUCUCUAUCACCAUUUGACUUGCUAAUAGCCUCACCACUCACCAGUCCAGACAAGAGUACAUGGCUAGUAACGCGACGCAACGCGACGGCUUCUUCCAUGGACACGAAGAGAACGUUAAGCAAAUAAGGUUGCACCAGGAACAAUGCUAGCGAACGCAAUUGCAAACGAGACGAAACAUGAGCUCUGGUGGUCUAUAUAUGCUUGGUGGUCUUGCGUGCUCGUAUUGAAAAUGAUGUUGCUGACGUGGUAUACCGGACAAAUCCGACUAAGAGAACAGGUAAUUCACAGUGAGGAAGAUAGGAUGUGGAUGACAAAAAAACCGGACAUAAUUUUAUGUCCAACUGGCGAUGGCCAUCCUGACGUGGUUCGCAUACGGCUUGCUCACCGACACGAUCUUGAGACUAUUCUUCCUUUUACUAUUCUUACACCGCUCUGGUUAAAUGUCGAGACAUGUAAUUCUACGGUGAAGCUCUUAAUACCGAGCUUUGCAUUAACCAGUAUAUUGUAUACGUUAGUGUACAUGCAACUUUUAGACAUGUCUGUUCGUUGGAAAAUUUUUUUACAUGUAACAUUAUAUUGCAUUUUGACUUAUAUAUGCACAAUUGCUGCAGUUAGAUACUCUAUGAUAACUCUACUAAAUUAAUUAAAAGAAUAAGAAUGAAAAAAAAAAUUGUUGAUACAUUGUUAUUCUACUAACGAACAAUCUAUGUAAAGAAAUAAACGCAAGUUUUCUAAUGA